AUGGCGAGUCCCUCUGCAUCCUCGCCAGCGCUGGCUGAUCCGUCGUCGAGCUCCAAGAUGCCCAAGGACGCCGACUCAGUCGUCUCGGCCGUGCCAGACGGGCCAGAGGCAGACAAGACAACGACCCCCGUCGUCUCAGAGGCCAUUGUCCCGGCGGACAAGCCCGUCGACGACACGUCCAAGCUGCGGGCGUUUCUCUCGAUACUGAAGAACUUCAUUGGCGUCUCGGACAUUGCGUCGGUUCGCUUCUCCUUGCCCGCGCAGCUCCUGGAGCCAAUCCCCAAUCUAGAAUACUGGAACUAUCUUGACAGACCGGAGAGCUUUGCCAGCAUCGGCAAGUCGGACGAUGAGCUGGGUCGGAUGCUCGAAGUGCUACGCUUCUGGUUUACGAAGGACUUGUGCAACUGGGAGAUAAAGGACACUGAGCCGGCCGUUGUAAUACCGCCAGUCUCCAAACCUGGCUCCAAGUUCGGUUCUAAGCCUGGCUCCAAGGCUGGCUCCAAAGAGAACAUCGCCGAGAAGUCUGCGACUCCCUCCAUCAUCGCUGGCCCAGAGGAGACCGUCAAGAUAUCGUACAUCACCGAGCAGACCUCGCACCACCCUCCCGUCUCUGCCUUCUGGGUCGACUGUCCGCAGCGCGGCAUCACGGCCCGCGGGUUCGACCAGAUCAGUGCAAAGUUCACCGGCACCAGCGUCCGUAUCACCCCCGGACAGCACAACCUCGGAAUCUUCGUCACCCUGACCAAGCGGGAUAACGAGGAAUACCAGCUCACCCAUCCGGACGCUCAUCUCGGCGGCAUCCUCCGUGGAUCGUUGUCCGUCACCGUCGCCGAUACGUGCUACAUCACCUGCCCCAAGACCAAGAUCAAGGCCAUCCUGCAGUAUCUCGAGGACGGCUGGCUAGGGAAGGCCCAGCAUAGAGUCACCGGAGCCAUCUUCCGCUAUGAUCCAGACAAGGACGACAAGACACGCACCAAGGACGUCCCCGCCACCGACCUGCUAGCAGAGAUACAGGGUUCCUGGCACGAACAGAUCUACUUCACCCUCCCGGGCUCAAAGGAGAAACACCUCCUAAUCGACGUCGCGCCUCUCUUCCCGGCCGCAAAGAUAACCCCGCCAGCCGAGAAACAGCUUCUCUACGAAUCCCGCCGUCUGUGGGCCGAUAUCACAGCCGCAAUCAACUCAAAGCAGUUCGCCCUCGCCACCAAACUAAAGUACGAACUCGAGGAAUCCCAGAGAUCAAAGGCUGCCCUGAGGAAGGAAAACAGCCACGAUUGGGUUCCCAGGUUUUUUACCGUUGCCGACAUCCAUGCCGGCAGACCUGAUUUGACCGAGGAUGGCAGGCAGGUCCUCGACAAGAUGCACCGAGAUAUCUUCGACCUUGACGAAAAGGUAAAUAGUAAUGGAGAAUUUAGUGAGCGCUGA